AGAAUACCGAAAGAACAUUGUUUUCGGCUGCUUUCUCUGACAGAUUUGAAUGUGCAGGCUGUAAACAAUUGAAAUCGAAGGCUUGCUGACCAGGGAUUUCCGAAUGAAAACAUUAUUGGAUUAACAUGGCGUUUGUUACUGCAAGUUGGAACCCACUAGGGGAAGCGUUUUACAGAAAGAUCGAGCUUUAUGAAAUGGGAUGGAACCUAAAGGAAGGACUCAGAAAUUGUCAGAUUGCAGCAGCCCCUUAUGGUGGUCCGAUUGCUCUGUUGAAGGAGCCCCAACGAUCUUCACCUAGUGCACGGCCCCAACUAGAGAUCUAUACCUCUUCUGGAUCUCCCAUGGCUAGCUUUAUGUGGAAGAGCGGAGUGGUGAAGCAGCUAGGCUGGACAAUCAGCGAUGACUUAUUGUGUGUGCAGGAGGAUGGCACUGUACUUGUAUAUGACUUGUUUGGUUCCUUCAAGAGACACUUCAGUAUGGGCAAUGAGCUUGUUCAGAGUCAUGUGCUGGAAGCCAAGAUUUUUCACUCGCCCUAUGGUACAGGGAUUGCUGUACUUUCUGGGGCCUACCGAUUCAUUCUUGCUACAAACAUUGAAGAUAUCAAACUUCGUCGCUUACCAGAAGUCCCAGGUCUACAGGGGGUGCCCUCCUGCUGGACUGUGCUUUCACAGGACCGACAAACCAAGGUGUUGCUGGCCACUGGUGCAGAUCUAUACAUCUUGGACAACACUGCCUGCACACCGGUGAGCCCCUCAGGUUUCUCCCCCCAAGCCACCAACAUUAUCCAGGUUGCUGGUUCCUUCAGCUACAAGUAUCUGGCUCUCUUCACAGAUUCAGGUCAUGUCUGGAUGGGCUCUGCCAACCUAAAGGAAAAACUCUGUGAGGUCGACACCAAGAUGCGGACCCCACCGACACAGAUGGCCUGGUGUUGGAGGCCUAAGAGUCAGCAGCCAUCAGUUGUGAUCAUGUGGGAAAAGUACCUGCUGGUAGUUGGACCAUGUAAAGACACAAUUCAGUAUAACCUGGAUAAUGAAUCUGUUCUGGUUCCGGAGCUUGAUAGUGUGAGAAUCAUUAGUGGGACCCACCAUGAGCUGCUUCAGGAGGUUCCAGUGGUAAGUGAGGAGAUAUUUAAGAUCGCCUCUAUGGCUCCCGGAGCUCUGCUUCUUGAAGCACACAAGGAGUAUGAGAAAGAAAGCCAGAAAGCAGAUGAAUAUCUGCGGGAGAUCAAAGAACAGGACGGGCUGGGUGAGGCAGUGAAACAGUGUGUGGAAGCUGCUGGAUAUGAACAUGAGCCAGAGACACAGAAGAUGCUGCUCAGGGCAGCCUCCUUUGGGAAGUGCUUCCUCAGUAAUUUCCGUCCAGAGCAAUUUGUCAGCACGUGCAGAGAUCUGCGUGUCCUCAAUGCUGUUCGAGAUUACACUGUGGGGAUCCCUCUCACACUGCAACAGUAUAAGCAGAUGACGGUGCAGGUACUCAUUGACAGGCUGGUGUACCGCAAACUGUACCCUCUCGCCAUUGAGAUUUGCCGCUAUCUGAAGAUUCCCGAGUACCAAGGAGUCAGUAGAGUGCUGAAGCACUGGGCCUGCUGUAAGGUGCAGCAAAAAGAAGAGGCUGAUGAGGUCAUUGCUCGAAUGGUCAGUCUGAAGCUAGGGGAGACUGCUGGUAUCUCCUACUCUGAUAUUGCAGCCAGGGCAUAUGAGUGUGGCAGGACAGAAUUAGCCAUCAAGCUCCUGGAGUUUGAGCCUCGCUCUGGCGAACAGGUGCCAUUACUCUUGAAGAUGAAAAGGAGUCAGUUGGCCCUCAGUAAAGCCAUUGAGAGUGGAGACACUGACCUGGUUUACACAGUGGUCACAUACUUGAAGAAUGAGAUGAACAGAGGUGAUUUCUUCAUGACCUUAAGGAACCAGCCAAUAGCUCUGAGUCUUUACAGACAGUUUUGUAAGCAUCAAGAGCAGGACACCCUUAAAGACCUCUACAAUCAAGAUGAUGACCACCAGGAACUGGGCAACUUCUAUGUGAGAGCUAGUUACCAAGAAGGGAGGCUGGAUACACGCAUGUCAUGCCUGCAGAAUGCAAUGGAUGAGUACAACAAGGCCAAAAAUGAGUUUAAUGCUAAAGCCACAGAGGAGGAGAUGCGUCUGUUGCGGUUUCAGCGACGCCUGGAGGAGGAGAAGGGGGAGAGAAUGGUGGGCUGUUCCUUACAGGACACCCUGCACUGCCUGCUGAUUGUAGGAUUGCACAAGCAGGCUGAGCAGCUGUAUAAAGACUUUCGUGUUCCUGACAAAAGGUACUGGUGGCUUAAACUCAAUGCUUUAGCAGAGAAAGAGGACUGGGAAGAAAUGGAGAAAUUCUCAAAGACCAAGAAAUCACCUAUUGGAUACCUGCCUUUUGUGGAUGUUUGCAUAAAGCACCACAAUAAAUAUGAGGCCAGGAAGUACGUGUCAAAGGUCACACCAGAACAGAAGGUGAAGGCACACAUAGCAGUAGGGGAUCUGGAGGGUGCUGCAGAGGUUGCCAUUGAAAGGCGCAAUGAAGGGGAGAUCAGCCUUGUUCUCUCCCAUUGCACCGCUACUACUGACAGAACCAUUGUUGACCGUCUAAACCGAACACGGGCUACUGCUGGCAAGAAGUAACCAUGUACAACAGGCAAAUUUAUUCUCUGCCCCUUCAUGUGAAGUUAUGUUCAGUGAGGGAUAAAGAAGUGUACAAUGAAGAGAUGUGAAGAACAUUCCCAUUUAAUUUUGAAAACGCUAUCUGUGUUGUUAAAAUACAUAUUGAUUGAGCAGUUUUAAACUGAUGGGUCAUAGUGUGCAAAAGAUCCACAGUGAAUAUAAAAGGAUGCAAAGACUAUUUCUGUUCUGACAGAAAUUACACAUUUGCUUUUUUUGCUGUCCUGCAAUAAAAAAAAGUUAAUGGUAAACUUAUAAAUGGACGGAGUAUGUUUGCAUCUCCAUGCUGUACUUACUAAUUACUAAUAAUGAUUGUGCAUGUACAUGUAAAUAGAUGUCACCUGUUUCUUUCUGGCUUGGACCUCUGUAAAUUUAACAAAUGAAAUGUCAUCUUCAUUAAACUGCCAGGUUAAUCAGAAUUCCAUAAAUCUCCCAGAUUUCAGUGAAAA